GUGGUACGGGCCGGCACGGCACGGCACGGCACGGCACGGCACGGCACGGCACGGUGCUGCCUGCCUGCCGCCGCGCCGGGGGCGGGAAGAGGGGCGGGGCAGGGACCCCGCGGUGCUGCGCGGAGCCCAGUGCGGACCCGGGAGCGCAGCCAGUGCCCGGCACGGACUAAAGUUAUCCCGGAAUAAGGCUGCACGCAUGUGCGUCACCCCGGAUGUGAACAUGGGGCCCGGCUCCCCGCUAGCUCGCUCCGCCCGGCUCUAGCGGAUGGGCUAAGCCGAGCCGUGCCGGGGCGAGCCGGGCCGUGCCGGGCCGGCGGACGUACAGCCCGCUAGGGGCGGGGACGAGCAGGGUCGCCCGGGCGUCCUCGAGGGCCAAGGUGCGAGAGCCCCGUCCCGGCGGGGGGCCUGGCCCCCCGAGCGGGGGUGGGCCGGGGACCGGGGCAGGGGCAGGUGCGCCGCCCGGGCGGGGUCGGGCCGGGCCGAGCGGCGGACGGAACUCCAGGCGCAGCCCGCCCCGGGCGUCCGCGCCGUGCCGCCGCCGCCUUCCCCUUGCCCUCGGACCGCCUCGGCCCCCCUUCCCGCCGCUGGCCCGGCGGGGCUCGGCCCGGGAGGGCUGGGCAGUGCGGGGGCUGCGCCCCCGGCCCGGCGGCGUCCCCGUCCUCGUCCCGCCGCCCCGUGGCCGGGACCCAGGAGCGAUGGAUUUUCGGGGCAAGAAAUAUGAGCGCGGCAGUAACUGGUCGGACCCCGAGGUGGUGGAGCUGCUGCAGCUCUGGGCCGACGAGUCGGUGCAGAUGGAGCUGGAGAGCUGCUUGCGCAACCAGCACGUCUUCAACCGCAUCGCCGAGGUGCUGCGGGAGAAGGGCAUCCACCGGACGGGCGACCAGUGCCGGGAGAAGAUCAAGAAGAUGAAGCUGGAGUACCGGCGCAUCAAGGACAACAGCAAGGCCCCGCGAGGUGGGCGGACGUGGAAGUUCUACGAGGUGAUGGACCGGGUGCUGACCAGCCGGCCAGCCCUGGCCUACAGCUCCCUGAGUGGCAGCAUGAUGGCUCAGCAGGUGCUGCAGGGCACCAUAGUGGAGAGCUACCACCACCAGUUUCCCUCCUCGACCCUGCCCUUUGGACACUCCCAGCACCCUGAACUGAUGGAAAUCAAAUGUGAGGAGGUGAACUCUGAUGAACACUGCUUGACCCCAGAGCCCCCACCGUCCAUGUCUUACCAGCAGGGCUCCCCUGAAGAGCAUGAGAUGGAGAGAGCCUUUUUGGAGAGGGCCCAGAAUGACUCUCCCAUCUCCAGGGUGGAGAUUCCCAUUGAAACCAGUGUUUCACCUUCAGGUUUCAGUGAGCCCAACAUGGCAAACUCAUCACGGAUCCAGAAUGUUGUUCCCAGGCCUGGCUUCUCUGCCUUGCAUCGGCUGAGAAAAAAGCGGAAAGGCCAGCGCGUGAAGGAUCCACUGGAUGAUCUCUUGCUGAAGACCCUGACAUCUCAGCGGGCCAUAGAAGAGCGCUUUUUGCAGAUGGAAGAACGCCGAUUUCAGCGAGAUUUGGAUGUGGAGGAGCGUCGGAUGCAGCUGGAGCAGCGCCGGUUUGAACUGGAGCGGGAGCAUGAGUUCCGCAUGUUCAAUGUCUUUGCUCAGAUGCUCAGCAUCCUAAAGCAGAGCCAUAGCGGCUCCUCCUCCUCCGCUGCGAUUCCUCAGGGCUUGGACUUCAGCCAGGCACUGUCUGAAAUGACUGGAAUGGGAGGAGGAGGGGGCAGCCUACAAGAGAUGAGGGCUCGGCUGCUUCCGGAGAGGAGGGUUGACAUGCAUGGCCUCUGUAACCCCAGUGACUUCCACAGAAGCCCCUACCUCUCUGCUCGCGGCAACAUUGCCAACCUUUUUUGUGGCUCCACUGAGGAAGGGUACAAAGCUUAUCAUGCUGACAAGUAUGAUGAAGACAAGAACCCCAAUGGUAUAAUAAACUUUGGCACCAGUGAGAAUAAACUGUGCUUUGACCUAAUGUCCAAGCGGCUGACACAGGCUGAUAUGAAUCUGAUGGAGCCUCUACUGCUUCAGUACCCCGACUGGAAGGGACAUAUGUUUUUACGGGAGGAGGUGGCUCGAUUUUUGACCUAUUACUGCAAGGCCCCUGCACCUCUUAAGGCAGAAAAUGUCAUUGUUUUAAAUGGUUGUGGCUCUUUAUUUUCUGCAUUAGCUACAGUUCUUUGUGAUCCAGGGGAAGCUGUUCUGAUUGCUACUCCCUUUUAUGGUGGUAUCAUCCAGAGUGUCUUCCUCUAUGGUAAUGUCAAGCUGGUGUAUGCCUAUUUAGACAGUAAGAUAACUGGAACAAGUACUCGGCCUUUUCAGCUUACAGUGGAAAAACUGGAAAAGGCCUUGCAGGAUGCCAGAGCAGAGGGUGUCACUGUAAAGGCCCUAAUUCUUCUGAAUCCCCAAAAUCCCCUUGGGGACAUCUACUCCUUGUCAGAGCUACGGGAUUACCUGGAAUUUGCCAAAAGACAUGAAUUGCACGUGAUAGUAGAUGAGAUCUACAUGCUGUCAGUUUUCGAUGAAUCAGCCACAUUUCACAGUGUCCUAGGCAUGGACAGAUUGCCUGAUCCACAGCGGACUCAUGUGAUGUGGGGAAUAACCAAGGAUUUUGCUGUCUCUGGGAUUCGUUUUGGUACUUUAUAUACAGAGAACCAAGAUGUUGCUAAUGCAGUGGCUUCUUUGUGUUAUUUCCACGGGGUUUGUGGACCUGUCCAGCACAAAGUUGCACAGCUGCUUAGAGACAGAGAUUGGAUCAACCAAGUCUACCUGAGGGCCAACCAUGCCCGCCUAAAAGCUGCCCAUACAUAUGUGACAGAUGAGCUGAAGACACUUGGGGUUCCUUUUCUCAACCGCAAUGCAGGCUUCUUUGUCUGGAUUGAUUUCCGAAAGUACCUUAGGACAGGCACAUUUGAGGAGGAGAUGCUGCUCUGGAGGCGUUUUCUGGAUAACAAGGUCCUCCUGUCCUGUGGUAAAGCCUUUGAAUGCAGUGAACCUGGAUGGUUCCGCAUCAUCUUCGCUGACAAGACUCACCGGCUACAGUUAGGUAUGCAACGGAUCCGCAAGGUUUUGGAAGAGCGGGAGCGGGAGAUACUGGCUGAGGAGAAGGAGCAGCCUUGUCAGUCAGAUCAGGAUGGGAAAGCAGACAGCACAAAUGAAGUCAUUUUUGUGUCCCGCCACCAGGAACCUACCUGUGCUGGUAGCUCCAACCUUGGUGACCUCAUUGGCCUUCUGCAGCAACAAAUGCGUUCAUCCGACUGGCUACAGAAAAAUACAGCUGAGCAGUUUGCACAGGAAAAGCCAGAGAUCUACGAUGUGUUCAGCAAACUGGUGGGGAAGCAGUAGGGUUCAGUGUGCCCUGAGGGCGUUUCCUGAACAGUGACUUACCCAGGGCCCCUAACAGCUCAGCAGUGACUUCCAGCAAAUAAUAUAUUUUCUGUAUAGCAAGAAAAUAACUUUGUAAAACCCCUCUUCUCCCUCUGGUUUGAGAUCUCUAAUUUGUAUUAUAUAGGUGGAUUCCUUGGACUGGGGUGAGGGUAGGGAAUGGUGGGGGUCAUGUUCGCCUGCUGCCCCCUGUCCUGCAGCAUCAUUGUAUUUUGUAUUUCAUUUCUAAUGAAUAUGCUCUUAACUCUCUUAUAAGGUCCCGUGGUGUCAUUUUUAUGCUUCUUAUUUCACUUCUUCCAGGGAGAAACUUGAGGUUGUUAAAAUGUGUAAAGUCUCCCUUUUCCUGAAUGAUGAUCAGAUGUAACCAGCUAUUUCAGGGCCAGAAGAUGAUGACUGCUUUCGCAAAGAGAUGUUUGUAGGAGAUAGAACCUGGUGUCAGACCUAACGUAGCCUCAGCUAAGGGUGAAUAAGUAUGUGUAUGGGUUCACCUGCAUGCAUGAGGCUCUUAGGACUGCGGUCAUCUAGUCUGAGUUCUGUAAAACUUUUCAUUUUGAGUUGCUUUCCAAGUCUAACCUCAGAUUAGACAGUAUCCAACACCCUCAGCUGGUGAAAUGCCCAUUUUGUUUCUAUCCUUCUUCUUUUGUAUUCCUAUAAAUAAAGAGCAUCUGUUUGCCUCUUG